UGUAAAUACAAUUCUGAUUGGAAUCAAGGUUGACAUUCGGCAGUAAGAAAACGUCAGGUGUCCAAUUUUCAUAAUUUAUUGUGGCCACGCAUUACGAAAACAUGGAAUUGAAAUCGCCGGGAGUUGUAUUCGUUAUUUUGAUUACCAUAAUAGUCGGCACAAUAUUCUUUGCACAUGGAUUCUUCUCAUUUCUACCAAAUACCAGCGAACGAGCAAAACGAUCCAGUAUCCCGAACCAUCUGGGUGAAAUUCGUUUGAAUACGAGUAGCUACUCACGACGCGUAUCCAAUGUUAUACUGAUGAUAAUCGACGCCUUCAAGUAUGAUUUCGUUUCGGUAGAAAAUAUGCGCUACGUUUCUGAACAAUUGAAAAAUGAGAAUGCAUGCUUGCUUCGAAUGAAGGUGGAUAUUCCUACAGUAACAAUGCCUCGCAUAAAGAGCAUGAUGACCGGAACAGUAUCAAAUUUUAUGGAUAUUGUUCUCAACUUGGGCAAUACAGAAGUCCUGACUGAUUCCGUAUUACACCAAAUGUACGAUCGUGGCGAUCAUUUGGUAUUUUAUGGAGAUAAUACAUGGACUAAACUUUUUCCUGAUAUGUUUUAUCGUAAACAAGAAAACUACGAUUCAUUUUACGUUCAUGAUUUUCAUUCAGGUGACAAAAAUAUUACAAAGUGGCUCUCAUCUGAAUUUAAACACCACAAUUGGGACAUGUUGAUUUUACACUACCUUGGACUAGAUCAUAUUGGUCAUGUUGAAGGCUCUUUCAGUACGAAAAUAUACGAUAAGUUGAGCGAGAUGGAUCGUGUAAUACAACAAAUUCAUACUUCAGCCAGUGUUAUAGAGCGCAAUGAAAAACUACCUCCACUUUUUAUUGUAACGUCAGACCAUGGAAUGCGGGACACAGGUGGUCAUGGCGGCAGCACUAUAGGCGAAAUAUUCAUUCCUUUGAUAGCAUUUUCGACAGGGUGUAGCAAUAAAAGUUACAAUGAUGCCGAGAAUAUAUUCCACAAUCAAAUCGACAUUGCUCCAACACUGGCAGUUCUUUUAGGAUUUCCCAUUCCCGAAGCAAGCAUAGGCUGUGUUUUAACCGAGUUAAUCGAUGUCUUAGAUUACGAGGAUCAAUUGUUUGCGUUGUACUAUAACACCGACCGACUAGUGAAAAAGGCGAUCCAGAAAUUUGGAAUGAAUACAAUUAACGCUACAUACUACUACAAACAAUAUGAAUUGGCGCUCAACUUCCAUGCGCAGUUUUUGAGAUCAACAAAGGGAAGUGCAAAGAACACCUUUUACCAUAAAGCCAUGGCCAGGUACCGAGAUUCUUGCCAAAAUCUGUCUGGGGUUUUAUCGUCAAGUUUUACUCAUUUCGACAUGUUUUCGAUUUUGAUUGGAGUUGUCCAUAUUGUAUAUGCUUCGAUUUUAUUAGUAGCCAUGACGGUAUUUUUUGUAUCGGAGAGACAUGCGAAACCUAUAAAGUUAUUAAGCAAUAUCCUGAUUGCCGGAUUUAUUGGGAUUUUAAUUCGGUUAAGUGCAUGCGAAAUAUUCGCGUCGGAUUCAGAAUUGUGCUCAUCGAGAUGGCAUUAUUAUGCUGUAUUUGUUGUUUUGGCUUUAAUUGCUUUUGCAAACAUUCGUGUUUUUGCUACAACGAGGUUCCAGCGAAGAGAUAAACCGUACAUUUACCUAGUCACAGUAUUUCAUGCAUGUACACUAUUUAGCAGUUCCUUCAUUGAGGAGGAGCAUCAGACAUGGUACUACAUAGCUAGUACUUCACUUCUAGUCCUAUUCCUUAUGGAAAUGAAAUAUUUCAAAUUGGAGACAAUGAAUAUUCGAUGGAGUGAAGCCAUCGAUAAUUUUCUGCGGCAUAAGAAACGAAGCAGUAGCUUCGUUAGUGGUGGAAGUCGCCGCGGAGAGUCAAUAACAGCGAAUUUACGUAAAAUAGAUAUAAUGCUAUCUUAUAUGUUUAGUUGGACGAUUAUUUUUGCAUUAUUUGCUUUUGUAAGGAGAUUGAAUCAAACAGGAGAUAAGUGGCUAAGCGUUCGAGAUAUUGGCGAUUGGAUGGUUGAGCACAAAUUGACCCUGAGUUUUUUGUUUUUCAUGUCCUUGGUAUUUCUUGUAUACGUAUUAAAAGACUUCAACGGUUUAUUGACAAAUAUUCUUAACUUCACUGCAAUACUUCUAAUUUACCACUACCGGACAAUAACCGGAUCAGUAUUACUUUUCGAUUUCAAGGAGUCCACAUCUAAAACAUCACUGAUCAUAUUCUGGUUGAAUAUCGUAGAAAUAUACGCUAUAAACUACUUACCUGCUUUGCAUCGUUACUUAUUCCAUAAAGAAGUAUCGCCACAAAGCGUGAAAAACUGUUUGGGUGCGCAUGUGACAGCAUUCAGUCUCAUAUCAGCGCUUUUGCACAAGCCGCAUAAUGCGAUCUUGGUGCCCGUGUGUGUAUGGACAUUGGAACGAUGUUUCAAAUCAUGUGAUAAACUAUUUCGAGAGAACAAUGCGGUCAUGUAUAAAGUAAUUUUAAGUUAUUGGCUGGGUAGGGCAUUCUUUUUUCUACAGGGUAAUUCCAACAAUUUGGCAUCAAUCGAUUUGACGCCUGGAUAUAUUGGUCUAGACAGCUACAAUCCCAUCAUCGUAGGCUUACUAGUUACUAUAAAUACCUACAGUGGUCCAAUUUUGUGUUAUAUUUUGCUGCUGCACAACGUGUUUAACGAAAGUGACAUGAAAAAAAAUUCUAUUAUAAUUGGUCGCGUGAUUUACAUAACCGCCACAACGGCUGUCUUUCCAUUGGCCAUUUAUAUAUUUGUGAUGACAUUGAUGCGAUCUCAUAUCUUCAUAUGGACCGUCUUUUCACCAAAAAUUUUGUAUGAAUUUUUCAACGCUUAUUUGUAUUUUACUAUUUUACUGAUAACAUUUGUAGGAUUUAAAAUCGUUAAUGUGACUUCUUAAGAAGCACAUGUCCUAUAGAAAACCCCUAAGAAAUUGUACACUUCAAUGCAAUCAUAAACGACUAUAAACUCCUGUGAACGUGAAAAAUAAAUAUAUACAUGUAUAAAAUGAAUAUGAAUGGGUCUUUCAAUGAAAACUUAACGUAGCUUCAACUAAAACAAAUAACACCUUAAUAAAUUCCUAUUAGAUAAAAACU